AGCACAACGGGCGCAGGCAGGGCGCAAAGGUCCCAGGAGGCUUGGUGUGGCUUUGGCUGCCAACCAUUCCCCACACCCACCCGCCUGCCAGCCUCUGAAGACCCACCUACCAGCCGGAGGCGCGAGCCAUAAAGCUGAGCUGUUUCCCUCCUAGAGAGGUCGAGCUCACAGCUCUCCGGACCCGCCUGACGUCCUCGCCUCUGGCUGGCCGGCCGGCUGCGGCGCCCGGGACAUGGCUUCGGCGGGCAGCGGCAUGGAGGAGGUGCGCGUGUCGGUGCUGAUCCCGCUGAAGCUGGUGGGGCUGGUGUGCAUCUUCCUGGCGCUGUGUCUGGACCUGGGAGCUGUGCUGAGCCCGGCCUGGGUCACGGCCGACCACCAGUACUACCUGUCCCUGUGGGAGUCCUGCCGGAAACCCGCCAGCUUGGAUAUCUGGCACUGCGAGUCCACGCUCAGCAGCGAUUGGCAGAUUGCUACUUUGGCGUUACUCUUGGGCGGUGCUGCCAUCAUUCUCAUUGCAUUCCUGGUGGGUUUGAUUUCUAUCUGCGUGGGAUCCAGAAGACGCUUCUACAGACCUGUUGCUGUCAUGCUUUUUGCAGCGGUUGUUUUACAGGUUUGCAGCCUGGUCCUUUACCCAAUCAAGUUCAUUGAAACUGUGAGCUUGAAAAUUUACCAUGAGUUCAACUGGGGUUACGGCCUGGCAUGGGGUGCAACUAUAUUCUCGUUUGGGGGUGCCAUCCUUUAUUGCCUGAACCCUAAGAACUACGAAGACUACUAUUAGAACCAAUAGUCUCAAAUUGGAAAAAAAAGAUCCAACAAGGAUUAUGUCUGCAUCUUUUUUAACUCACUAUUUUCUAAAACACUUGUGGAGCAUCAAGCAGUUUGCUCAGUUGAUUUAAUAUCUUUUGCCUUUUGGCUGUCAACAUCAUAACCAGCUUUUACAUCCAUUUUAGGGACCUGCACAAAUUAAGAGAGCUGAUUAGACAUAGGCAAAUGCUGCAAACUUCCAAUAUGUUCAUGUCAUUUUUCUUGACAAGUGAAGGGUUUGUAUGAGAGCAAUCAUUGUGAAAAACUAGUUGGAAUGAGAAAUGCCUGAAUCUCCUAUUGCCUGCAGGGGAGCAGCUGGCAUAAGCCACAUUUAGAAGUUCCUCUGCGCUGACAAGGAUUUCACUGUUAGAGUCCUUAUCACCUGCUUUUCCCACCCAGUAACUUACAUUGACCAUUGAUUAUUUACUUGAGUGAGCUCUUGAAAAGUGAACAGCUCAUCAGUAUCUAAUGAGAGUUAUGAAUGUAACUGGUUAAUGGUAGAUAUUCCACCUUCAAGAGUACUCUUUUUAGUGGGAGAUUAUGCUUUGGCAAUCAACAUUUCCCUGGGAAGGGAGUCAAGACUUGGAGACAUGUGCUUUUUAUUAUGUGGUCAGAAAUGGUGCCUCAGCUAUAUUUAGAAUGAGGAAAACUGGGAGUCUCUGCUUUCCCUGGGGCAGCUAGAGAGAAAUAUGCAUGAGUUGCUUUUGUCCUAAGUACCCUUAAAUCAUUUACCAAACAUUAUAGCAAAUAAUUGUGCAUAUAUGACAAGCUUAAAUAUUUUUAUAGAAGAUGGACCAUUAGUAUAAAUGGCAAUAAGUUGUUCCCUAGCCCUACACUUGCAUUUGCCUAUUACACAUUAAUAUUUGCUCUAGUGAAGUGAUUUGAACACUAACUUGUACACAUUGUUAAGAGGCUUAGAUGGAUAUUCAUUCACACUUAUUUAUCAUACAAAAGUACAUAUACCUUAAGGCUUUUUGCUCUAUGUUCUCUACUAUUUCACUGGACAGUUUUAAUAGAAUUGUGUAAGAAGACAAAUUGAAAUGGUGUUAUUCUGAAAAUAAUUUUCCUGUAAGCACUGUAGUUUAAAAGAGAGUAGCAAUUAGGAUGAUCAUUUUGUUUCAGGUUUAUUAAAAUAGAAGGCUGCCUUUUUUUCAAGUAUUUUAAAUGUCUUUAUUAAAAAAUAAAGGAAUAGCGAUAGAUUUAUAUAAAUGUCUAAAUGUCUCAGUAGAGGAAUAGAAUUCAUUGGUUAUCACCUGGUCCUCUGAAGUUAAGGGACUGAUUUGUGCAUACAAUUAGGAUGGAUUUAUGUUAAGGGAAUUAUUCGUUGACUGUUCAAAUGGAAGGAAAUAUCAAUAAUAGGGAAUAAGUUUGCAACUGAUCUCACUGCAAACUUGUUAACCCUGUUUAAUAUACAAAUUUGGAUAGUUUAAUUAUAAACAUAUUUUUAUAUCAAAUAUACAGCUCUAAUAUAAAAGUUAUAAAUAAUUAUUUUUGUUAACAAAGACACUAAAACAGUAUGUCCUAGUUUUGGCCCUCUUGCAGAAAGAAGCAUUGGAAAAAUAAUUUAAAACAUACCUAUGUUCUCUUGUGUUGCAAAAUCUGUUAAGAGCAGGACCACAUCAAUAGUAUUUAAUAAUUUGCUUUACCUCCCAAAGCAGAGUUGUGCUUUCAGCUUGUCUUAAGAACUGUUGCCAAAACAACAGGAAAAAAAAAGAACUAUUUUAUUAUUCAGAUGCUUAAAAAAAACUCUUAGGACUUUUCUAUAGAAUCACAAAUUAUGGAGAACCAGGCUAAUUGUUUUAGCAAUGACAGACAAAAAUGACUAAAUGCAUCCUAGAGAAACCAUUAUAAAAGUAUAUGGUUCUAUAUAGAAUCAUAAACUGAGAGAAAAUUUUCUAGGAAGAUAUUAGUAUUAUGGAAUCUUUUGAAGCAGUUUCCUUAAGAAAUACAUAGUAAAAUCUGGGCCAGACUGUCUUGCAGUUAAUUACAUGUUGUCAGAGCAGCAUGAGAAAUACGGCAUUUGUUGGAAAGGGAUUUCAGCUACUAAACACUCUCUAUUGUGAGAGAAUCUCUUUAUUCCUAAAUAAUGGAAGAACAGUACUUGGAUGCUGACAUCAAUGAGGCACUUUUCUUAAUCCUACUGGAGGAUGCAGUGUGCUGUGAGACAAAUAUCACAUCUCGAGUCUUACCAAGUUUUCAUUCUGUCAAUAUGACAAACUGGAAUGUGACAGAAUAUGUUAUUGGCUAAGGCACACAUGUUUGCAGUUUACUGAAAAGUAGAUUUCUUAUAUAGCAUUUUCCCCCUCCCCAGUGAAGAGCCCUGUGCUAUAUUUCUACCAUCACUAAUGUUUGAACGUGUUUCAUUGCUAACCAGGUCAGUGUAACAUGAGUUGUUGCUCAUCUGAAAUACUAUUUUGUCUAUCAGAAUAAACACAAGUGAAUUUUCCACUUACAUUAUGUCUUUGCAUCUUUAGGUUUACGUGAUGUUUUCUUAUAAGCAAAACCGUUAACUGUAAACCCAUCGUUUAUCUUAGAGAGAGAUACACAUGCACACAUAUAGCAAAAAAUAAUCAGCAGGGCUAGUUAUUUGGAUUUCUUGCACAAAACUAUUUAGCUUUUUGUAAGUUCAACAUGUAAAUUUUAAAGACAAAUAUAGAGAGUCAUGUGUUUGAAAUAUAAAUGAUAUAUAUGGAUUAGCAUGUACCUGUAUAUUAUUAAACAUGCAAUGAACCGACUGGUAAGUGACGUCUAAUUGUAUGGCUAGCAAUGUAAUUUAUUCAGACUGUAUUUUUGUACAGAGCAGCGCACACUAACCUAUGCCUCUGUGUCCUCUUUAAUGCCUAAAACUGUGCCUAGAAAUUUCAUCUGUCUUAAAAAAACGAAAUAUACUUCAUGCUGUUUAUGCUAUUAGUUUACUGCUGUUCUAUAUUUAUUAUUUUUAAAUAUAUGACAUGUUUAAUACUACUUAAAUAUGAAUUCAUGGUAUUCUGGUCAUUUUUUCUAACAAUCCUCUGGGGGAAACCUGUUUAUCACUCCAGUGGUUUUGAGUUUGCAGUUUCACGAUCAGUUCUUUUCAUGAUUUUUGUAGCUGACAUGAAGUUAUCUAUGUGGAAAAAAAUAAAAAUAAAAGUGAUUUCACUGA